AUCAUUUGUUAAUAGAAAAUUAAGAAAUGGUGCACUAUUGUGUAAUCAAAAAUUGUAAAUCCAUGAUUAUGCUGAUGAUUUGAAGGACCAAUGUUUUUUAGUAAAUAUAGUAAACCUGUGCCUGACGUCAUCUUUAUGCGAUUAACGAAUCAGAUGGUACUAUAAAGAGAGAAAGAUUCAUCCACCAAUAUGGUAUUGGCAAUACCUCUCUCCCGGCGAUAUCGAGAACAAUAGGCACACUCACUUCAGUAUGUAUAGAUUUCAAUGAACGUUCGUAUAACUUCUUACACCGGAUUUACACCUAAGUAAUUGAGAUAUCGGCCUUUUACAAAAAAAGAGCAGGAAGUAUUUCAAUGUUUAAUUGUCCACAGCAUCCUUCGUCAGUUCCUCCGUCAUUUUAACAAUUUGUAAUAAUUCUAAAGUUCUUGUAAAAAGAAGAAAGAUAAUGUUUUUAUCUUCUCCAUUUGUAUUUGCUUUCGACAUUAUUCUAACCGAAUGAGUUAGAACUUGCCAGCAAAAGCGAACGAUUGCCAACAAUGCUACCACAGAAGAAUAAAAGUAAACAGUACAAACACAUGGAAAACGAAUGCUGCUUAAAUAUUUUACGUCCAUCGUUGCAUACGAUUGCGAUAAACCUUCUUCACUACAUCAUGCAUGUAGUUAAGUUAUACAUGUAGGAGCAAUGAAUCGCAGAUAUGACAGUGGCAUUCCGUCUUUAGUCUGGCGCAUUUUGUCGUCGUGAUUACACAGUUUUAUAUUCGCGAUUUUGCACUUUUCAAUAUAUGUUUUUAAAUUAAUUUUUUGUUAUAUUGCCACAUGGAGAAGAACAACAUCGAACACCCGAAUAAUAAGAAAAAUUAAAAGACAAUUAACAAAAGUAAUACAAAAUAAAAGAUAGCAGAAUCCAAAUAAUUUCAAAAAACGAGGCCAUCAGGGUUCCAUGUGUGUGAAAUCCAAAUUUGCGCAACAGAGUUCAUAAAACCAAAACAUGCGGGUGCUGGCGAUGCUACUUGUGUCGCUAUUAUGGCUGUUGGUUUGCAGUGCAUAUCGUUUUCUUGGGGUGUUUCCGCAUCAAGGCAAGAGCCGUUUUAAUAUGUUCGAGGGCCUGAUGAAAGGUUUGGCCGAUAAAGGGCAUCAGGUUGACAUAAUUAGUUCAUAUCCACAGAAAAAACUCUAUCCAAACUAUACCGAUAUCGCAACAUUGAAACAAUCGAUAUCAUUAUUGAACAAUAUGACGUAUGAAUUUAUGUUAAAAGUAAUAGUGGGCCCGAAUCCAGCAAAAGCUAUCGCGACACACGUUGGUACUGAUUCUUGUAAACACCAUCUGGGGAAUCCGGUAAUACAAAACCUGGUGCGUAAUCCGCCAAAGGAUCCACCUUACGACGCGAUGAUUAUGGAGUUUCUUGGUGCACCUUGCUUUGGGGCCAUCGCCCAUUUGUUAAACGUACCUCUGAUUGGAGUCAGUACGUCGUCACUGCUUCCAUGGCUUCAUGAAUUAAUAGCUCAGCCCGAAAAUUUGGCCAUCGUGCCGAAUACCUGUGUGAAUGUGGUCGUUCCCAUGAACUUGUGGCAACGUACAUACAAUGUUUUCUCCUUUAUCUACUCCAAGCUGUUCUUCACCUACUUCACCAGUCCACAGGACGAUUUAGUGAGGAAGUACUUCGGGCCGAAUCUGCCUAGCAUCCGGAGUAUGAACGUGGCACUGAUCCUCAUUAACUCUCACAUCGCUGUGAAUGGGAUCCAACCGAUGACACCUGCUCUCGUCCCAAUAGGCGGAAUCCAUAUCCGAGAGGACGAUUCGCCAUUGCCUCAAGAAUUAAAGAAAUGGAUGGACGAUAGUAAAGACGGUUUUGUGUACUUCACCUUCGGCUCGAUGGUACUGAUUGAAACGUUUCCGCGCAAAAUCCUCGAUGUGUUUUAUGCCUCCUUGGGCAAGAUAGCACCUGUGCGAGUUCUAAUGAAGGUGCCGAAGCCGAAGAAAUUGCCGCCUGGGUUACCCAAAAAUAUUCAUACGUCCCCUUGGUUUCCGCAACUUAAAGUAUUAAAUCAUCCCAAUAUAAGAGCCUUUAUCACUCAUGGUGGGAUCAUGGGCACCCUUGAAGCAAUCAUUUAUGGUGUUCCCAUGAUUGGAAUUCCUCUAUAUGUCGAUCAAUAUAACAACAUCGAUGCUUAUGUCGCGAAAAACAUUGCUGUGAAACUAGAUGUCCAUAAGAUGACUGAAGAAGACAUGGAUGCAGCCUUGAACGCGAUCUUGCACGACCCGAAAUACAUAGAGAAUAGUAAAAAUUUGUCCCAAAGAUUCCACGAUCAACCGCUUAGCCCUGUUGACACCGCGAAUUACUGGAUCGACUACGUGAUUAAAUACGGCGACGAUGUCUUACGAUCGCCCGCCAUGGAUUUGACUUGGUGGCAAAUAUACCUCAUCGAUGUGGCCGCAUGCCUUUUGCUUUGCGCGGCAGUCACUAUUACAGUGGCGGUGUUCAUCAUACGUUUCAUGAUGAAAAUGAUAAAUAGAAAUCAUCAGAGGUUGUUACAUUCAAAGAAGACUAAUUAGCUGCGUUUAUUCGAGAGAAGUAUUAGAAUAAAAGAAACAACAUUAUGUAAUGAUUCAUGGAAGGAUAUUAAGUUUUAGCAGAUUCCUAUUGGAAAUUAUACUAUUAGAAAUAUUUAUUCCAUCAUAUGCUAAUAUAAUAUACUAUAUAGUAUGUACAAAAACGAGUAAAGGAGUUUUUAUUCUGCGCAACCAAUAAAACGAAUUCUGUGUGCUACAA